GAGUCAUCGAUGGUUAUUUUCAGCUGUUAACCUGUCAGGAGGGAAUCAGACAUCAAAGGCAAAGUGAAGCAUCAUGGGACAUUAUAUUGCAGCCGGUGGGACCAUGAAGACUGUGGUAUCUCUGCUGCUGCUCUGUCUGUGUCAUCCCGUACAGAGUGACUGCCAGGCAGACUGCCUGACCUGCAGCACCAUCCUGCCCAAACAGCUCAGUUUCAACACAAUGGUGUGUCUCUCUGAGUGCGAAAGCAGCAUCUCCCCUGCCUUCUACCGUGACUUCUGUCGUAAAGUGCUGUCGUCUCGGUUGUCCUCCCUCAGUGCUUCACUGCACAAAAGAUCUGAAGAGGAGGUGGAGGCUCUGUUCCCUGAGGAGGAAGAGGAGGAGCAGCCUGAGGGAGGUCUGCUGCUGCCCAUUGCACUGCAGAGGUUUGAUCACAUGACCAGGGCACUUGGGGUGGAUGAGAGGGCUCUAGGUAUCAAGGGCAGCCAGCUGAACAGUGCCUACAAUUCCCAGAAUGCCCUGUCUCUUGAAGAUGAGUAUCAAGAGGAGGCAGGGCAGGAGGAAGGAGCUGCUGAUGUUGCUGCAAGAGGACAGGGGGAUUUAGGUCUGAGCAUCUCCAAGAGGUUUGGUGGCUUUGUGAAAGGGAGGCAUGGCUACAGGAAGCUGAUGUCCCCGGGAAGAUCUUACCAGAAGAGGUACGGGGGAUUCAUCGGCAUUCGAAAGUCAGCCCGCAAGUGGAACAACCAAAAACGUUUCAGCGAGUUCCUGAAGCAGUACCUGGGGAUGAGCACUCGGGCCACUGAGUUCAACAGUGUGUCAGAGGAUCUCACCGCACAGAACGAAGUUUAGCCGAGUGCACCUUUAAGCCACUGACAAAAAACUAAUUGUUGAUGUAUUUUGGAUGAUCUUGUUUUGUAUUUCAGUCACCGACAUGUCAAACUUUAACUGAUGUCACCAAAGUUGAGUGCCAAAAGAAUGAAAACUAAGCCCAUAACCUAACGGCGUGUUCAGACAGAAGUUGAAGUAGUUAUUUUGCAGGACAUGAUUACAUACAAAGUCAAUGCUAGAAAGCCAUAUUUUCAUGAAGCUGUCUUAAAGCAUGCCAGCACUGAAACUUUCCUUAAGACCUAAGAUUGCAUCAAGAAUGAUUGAUGUUAAAAUACCAGGCUGUUGUCUUGUGCACGGAUAUGACAGAUCAUUAACCUUUUUGCAGAUUUGCAUGGUUGAUUGGUCCUCUUUUCGAUAUUUAUUACAAUUAGAUCAAUGAAAAAAAGACUUCAUAUUUUGCGUUCAUACUGGAGUAGGUCACUUUAUUGAGAUUACAUAACUUGCUAUUAAAUCCACUCCUCACCAGCCCAAACUGGGUGGGUGCUGGUCCACUUCCAGUAGCUGGAGAUAGCAGUUAAGUUUACCCAUACACAAUCCCUGGGAAAGAACAUGGUUGAUUGUUUCAACCAAAACAGGUAAACACAAAUUAUGCUCUUGUGCCAGCAGGUUAAGACAAAAUUUUGCUCCACUUUCUGUCUGAACACUGUCACUAAAGAGUUCUCUGUCUCACAUAAUUCAUAUGUCUAUCUAUUCAUUAUUUUCUAACCCUUUUGAUUGAGAUAAAAUAUGGCUCUCUCAGUGAUCAGGCCGUCCUGUAUAAACUCUCAACCAGCCUAACUCUUAUUUGACCUUGUAAAGACAGAUCAGUCUGAAUUAUGAGACCCCACAGUCAAUCAUACCCCUCUUUGAUCCUCUCUUUGGGAUGGCCCAGUAAAACGACCAAGUGUCAUUUGAUCAGCUUCAAAUGUCUUUUUCUUCAUGAGCUCUGAUGAAAGCUCCCAUAUUUACUUGCAGGACUCUCUCUAGUCCUGCAAUGGUUUGCAGUGCAAUGCAUAAAUACUUUCACUAUUUAAAGCUAACUUAAUGAUAACAUAAUCACUGGUUUUCUGAUAACCUAUUAAACAGUAAGUUGUAAAGAUUAUUCUCUGAACUGAGUCAUCGGGGAAAGGUACUUCAUUUUCCCCUUGAGGAGGCUUCUCACUGUUGAAAAUGUGUAAGAGCCCCUGUUAUCAAGAAAGAUCUCUUUCUUGACUUUACUACCAUCUUGUGGAAAAACACUUAACACUCUUCUGAAGGACAAAAAACAGUGUUUGUAAUGUUUGGACGUCAUGCUUUGGAUAAAGUCAGCAGUAAUGUAAAGCAUAUUUUUUGUGAUUUGUGGUAAAUAAAUGAAAUCAUUCAAAAACACAGCUAAAAGUCAUAGUUUUAAUCAUUGUGCCAAACACACCUGAGAUAAGUUCUGAGAUUUUUCCUUAAAUCUGGUCCAAUGUUGAACUUAAAGACUCAACAGCGGUCAAAUUUGUGUGCUACUGUACUCUCUGUCUGCCAGAUGGAUGUUAUGAACAUGUGAGUGUCUUCUCUGACUGGUUCUUGAGAGAUGCCAGAUUCCUCUCUGUACAAACAAUGUUUGUUUUAUCUAUUCAAACUGUAAUGGUGUGAGGUGUUUUGUUGCCCACUAUGAGAAAUUGUAAAUAGCUGAAUUUAAACAUGUCAAUAAAAAUAGUUUACUAUUUCCUUUGUGGCUUGUCAUGCAGCAACUGAUUCUGUGUCUUGAGGUGUUUUGUUCUUCAUAUUAGUGGUGUUAAUCUUACCUUUACAGAAAAGUUCCUAUAAUAUAUCUUAGGCUUUGUAGGCACUACUUAUAUACGUUGUUAAUCAAUUGAAAAAUCCUCAUGGAUGUAAGAGGAAAGACAGUCUUCAGUGUCUCCAAAUUAAAAACAACUGUCGGUGUAUCAAGUCUACUUUUAUUGUUAAAAUGACAAGAAAAUUUAGCUCAUGAGACUUGACACACACAGCUGGUCUUGAUGGUACUCAAUUUUGUACUUAAACCCUCAUAAAUUCAUCAUGGAAAGCACUAGUCAGCAGCUUUAAGGGAAAACUUCCUUUUUAAGAACACUUCAAGACGAACUGAAAUCUUAUGUGGGUGGCUAUCCACCUUCACUGGAUUUGUAGCUCUCUUACAGGAUGUCAGAGGUCUAAAAUCUCAUGUGAUGUGCUAAAGACUGGAAAAAUAGAUUUCUGAAUAAACAACACCAAUAUGUG